AUGUCGGGAGUGACAGAUACCCGCAGAUCGGUGCUGAUCACAGGGUGUUCCCCUGGCGGCAUCGGAAACGCGCUCGCGCGCGAAUUCAACAGACAAGGCCUGCGUGUGCUGGCCACCGCUCGUGAAGCAGCGACUAUCUCAGAUCUGGCAGAUAUCGGCAUCGAAACAUUAAGCCUGACUGUGGAUGACCCGGAGAGUGUGAAAGCGUGCUUUGCGGAUGUCGAAACGAGACUCCGCGACAAGGGUCUUGACUAUCUCGUUAACAAUGCUGGUCGGAAUUACACCGUACCCGCCAUGGAAGUAGACAUCGUCGAAGUCCGCCAGACCUUCGAGACCAAUCUGUUCUCGGUCAUUACCAUGUGCCAGACCUUCCUGCCCUUGCUCAUCAAGGCAAAAGGCACUAUUGUGCAGAUUGGUUCCGUCGCCGGGAUCAUUCCAUACGUGUUCGGUUCGGUCUACAAUGCCUCCAAAGCAGCACUGCACUCGUUCAGUGACACCCUUCGGGUGGAGCUGGCCCCAUUCGGUGUCCACGUAACGACCAUCGUUACCGGCGGUGUUCAAUCGCGCAUUGCGCGCACCGACCGGAGCCUGCAACCCGGUUCCCUAUAUUCCCCAAUCGAGAACGAGUAUCUCUCCCGUGUGAAGCACAGCCAGCACAAUGCUAUGCCGAACGCCGCCUACGCUCGUAGUGUCGUUUCCCAAGUGCUGUAUGGCUCAGCGCCAUGGCGUUGGUUGUGGCCGUGGGCUCAGGGUCGCAAGGCAUGGAUCUGGGAAGGUCGUGCUAGCUGGUUGAUAUGGGCAUUGUCCGGAGGGUGGGCUUGGUCGGGUCUGUUUGGUCGAACUAUGACUAAAAUGUUCAAACUCUGGAAGAUUAAAAAUGCCUCAGGCAAAUAA